AUGGCAAACCCGGCCAAUACCCAGAAUACCCAAGGUACCUCAGCCACCGGUGCCACCUUCGGGCAAGCUUCCCAGGAUCCUACUCAAUCACAGAUGGGCCCGCCUCUCGUACCAGUACGAGCUUGCCUCUCCAACCGCCGAGAGAGCAUGCUUCUGGCAGCCCAUCCGUCAUCCCAGCCAUCAGUAUCAGCUAGCGGCGACCUAGAGCCCAUGACUGCUACACGCGAGAUUGUCGGCAUCGAAAUCAACGACGUCCUGCUCGAAUACCUCAAAGAUUCUAACUACGUUUACCUCCGUUAUACCGUUGACACCGAGUGGUUCGAAUUACAAGAGGAUCCCGAACCUGACGAGCACAGCAAUGCCUUUUACUCCCUUAGCACAGGCCGAAUCCGCACUGAUGGCAACAUCACCCACAACAUCAACGACUUCACUGUCACUAACUCUAGUAACCUCCAGAAGAACGUGAAGGAUCGUCCCGACUUCUGGUGGCGAUUUAUUGUCUCUACGCUAGUCUCCCUACGCAACUGCACUGACGCCAUCAAUAGGCAUCUGCAGACUGUGGACCGCAAUGAAGGAGAGACUCAAGCUCUACGAGACCGACUAGCGAAUGUUGAAGCAGCCCUUGAUGAAACUUCGAACAGUAAACAACUACAAGUUGGCAUGGUUAGCAGCAACCUGUACAAGGAGAAGCUGACAGAGAUCCGACGCCUCACCUCGGACAUCGGAAAGCUCAAAGCUGCGUCAGAACAACUCCCCAACGUUCGCGAUGACCCCGCCUUCAAAGCCCUCGCCGCUGAGCGCGACCUUGCCGCCACCGAACGCAAUGAACUCAAGCAGAAGGUUGAGGACCUAUCCCGCCGAGCCGAUGAACCGGAGAGCGGUCCUAACUACGCAGAGUUGGCACAGAAGCUCAAGGAGGAGUCUGACAGCGCCGACUGGUGGGCAGACCAAGCUAAGGCCAACGCUGAGCUCUGCGACAAGUUCAAAGGACAAGCUGAUCGCUAUUCUAUCGAGCUUAACCAGUAUGAUGUCAAGUACUCUAACAUGGAGGCGAACAAGAACGAAGCUCUCGCCCUUAAGGAUAAGGCUUACGAUGAGCUCAACCUCCAGCUCACCGAGGCUAGACGUGAGACAAAAACGGUCACCGACCGACUGCUGCAACAUGAACCCAACUAUCAGCCGUACACCCUCUGGCGGCGCGAGCGAUCUUACGACCCAGUACGGCCUGUACAAUCAAGCGUUUUGCUACAGCGACCUGUAGAUGGUACCGCUGACCAACUCUCACAAGAUCCUCGCCGAGCUGGGUACACCCCAUGGGAUAACCGUACUCCCGUGCGCGACGCCUCGCUACCUCCUCCAUCAUCGAACCCAUACGCCCCCGCUCCUACAGUACCGCGACCGCCGCCCGUCGCGCCCUCUACCGCCGGUGGAGGAUUCUCUUACAAACUCCCAGAACUUGAGACGUUCAAGGGCAAGGUCGACGACGACUACGAGCGGUGGCGCGAGAUGGCAGUGGCCAAGUGUCGCACAUACCCAGAGGACUGGCAAGCGGUUGACUACCUCAAGUUCCGCAUUCAAGGCGAAGCUUACGAGCACAUCCGAGAUGUCAAAGCUCGCCAUUUCCUAGAUUUCCUAGAGACUCUCGACAGCCAGUAUCUCACCUAUGAUCGGGAAGCUGACGCCGAAACCCUCAUCGCCGACGGCUCGCUCCGCUACAAGUCUGGACAGAAGUUCAUGGAGUGGAAGUCUAAGUUCACCUCUUGCAUGCGAAUCCUCAAACACAAGAACGCGACCCAGAUCCGAUACGCUCGCGAGUUCAUGCGACCCGGGUUAGCUAUCGCGACCACUGCCGGAUCUCACAAGGAUGAGACCAUCCAGUCCUUCUUGCUGCGAGCGCAACACAUCGACCAGGGACAUCAACAGAUUGACGCUGGCCGAAAAUUAACUCCCGUUACGAAGACCGCUGGUGCUAGCCGUACCCAAAAGUUGGUCACCUUCCGGACACCCGACACUCCAGGUCACAACAACGCCGCCAGCACGCAUACGUACAAGAAGAUGGCCUUCGAGCGGUCAGAGAAAGACAAGAAGCGUCUAGCUGACUUGAAGCUCUGCUUCAAAUGUGGCAAGGAUGACCAUCAGAUGAGGCACGAGACUGCCCCCUGCCGCGGCAAGCCCUUCACUCCUUCUCACCAAAUCCCCGCACUGGCUUCUUUGUACAUCAAUGCUCUCGACGCUUCCAACGAAGAGGAGCGAGACGAGGAUACUGAGGAGCCGCUGGACGACAACGACUUAGUGGAUGACGAUGGCUUCUACGUCAACGACGAGGAACUACUUGAGCAUUUAAAUUAG